AUGCCUACAUACAACACCCUCCUCUUCGACUGCGACAACACGCUCGUCCUGUCCGAGCAUCUGGCCUUUGAGGCCUGCGCCGACAUGUUCAACCAGAUCUGCUCUGACCACAACCUUCCCGACCGGUUCACGGGCUCGACCCUGAUCAAGAAGUUUGUCGGGCAGAACUUCCGCGGCAUGCUCAGCACGCUGCAGGCCGAGAACAACUUCACGAUCCCCCCGGACGAGCUGGAGGGCUACGUGGCCCAGGAGGAGGUGGCCGUCAUUGCCAAGCUCCGGUCCGGCUUGAAGCCGUGCGAGGGCGUCGACGCCGAGCUGGAGCGCCUGUCCAGGGAGGGCAAGUACAAGCUCGCCGUCGUCUCCUCCUCGGCCAUCCGCCGCGUCAUUGCUUCUGUCGAGAUCGUCGGCCAGGACAAGUACUUCCCCAAGGACUUCAUCUACUCGGCCGCCUCGUCCCUGCCCAAGCCGACCAGCAAGCCCGAUCCGGCCGUCUACCUCUGGGCCCUGGACAAGCUCGGCUCCAAGGCCGAGGAGAGCAUCGCCAUCGAGGACAGCCGCAGCGGCACCCUCAGCGGCACCCGCGCCGGCAUCAAGGUCGUCGGCUACGUCGGGCCCUACGAGGCCGAGGAGCAGGAGAAGAUGGUCGAGACCCUCACCGAGGCCGGUGCCGUCGUCAUCAUGCGUCACUGGUCAGAGUUUCCCGCUAUCCUUGAAAAGUUCCAGAACGGUACCAUCUAG